AUGGAGUGUAAUCCUUCUCAGUUACCUGCGACACGGGACUCCAGCUGCUCUCCACCGAGCUCCAAACAGGACCUCCCAACAUUCAACCCCAACAUGAAACCCAACCAGGUCAGCGAGACCGCCCUGUAUGGAAUACCCAUAGUCUGUCUGGUGCUGGACGGUCAGGAGAGACUGUGCCUGGCGCAGAUCUCCAACACUCUGCUGAAGAACUACAGCUAUAACGAGAUCCACAACCGGCGCGUGGCUCUGGGCAUCACCUGCGUGCAGUGCACCCCGGUCCAGCUGGAGAUUCUGAGGCGUGCGGGCGCCAUGCCCAUCUCCUCGAGGCGCUGUGGGAUGAUCACAAAGCGCGAAGCAGAGAGGCUUUGUAAAUCGUUUAUCGGAGCCCACAACCCUCCAAAACUACCGGAGAAUUUUGCGUUUGAUGUUUCCCACGAGUGCACGUGGGGGAGCCGUGGUAACUUUAUACCAGCCAGGUACAACAGCUCCAGAGCCAAGUGUAUCAAGUGCUCCUUCUGCAAUAUGUAUUUUUCUCCCAAUAAGUUCAUAUUCCACUCUCACCGAACAUCAGAAUCCAAGUACACCCAGCCAGACGCUGCUAAUUUUAACUCCUGGAGGAGACACCUCAAACUGACCGACAAGGGCUCGCCGGAUGAUUUAGCUCAUGCGUGGGAGGACGUCAAAGCCAUGUUCAACGGGGGCAGCCGGAAGAGGACGCUGCCCAUGCACCGCCACGGGCCCGAACGUUCCUCUCCGUUAAAACCUCACCAAGGACCUUCCAACCUGCCCCGGAGAGGCUCACCGGAGAUCCCCCCUAAAAUCCUCCGCUGCGAGGACAACCGGGGAGGCAUGGGGAGUAUAGCGAGCAUCACGCGCAGCUAUCCCAUUAUCCCGGUGCCCAGCAAAAGCUACGGGAUGCUGCAGAACGUGAAGAUCCCUCCACCUCUCUUCCCACACCCAUACGGGUUUCCGGCCUUCUCGUUGUGUCAGAAGAAGGAUGACAGUGGUGUGAUGGGGGAGCCGAAUAAAGCCCACCUCUCUGGCGUCUUCUCCUGGCCGAGCACCAAGGACAGCGCCUACCACUCUUUCCCCAUGUUCUGGCCUACUGCAGACGGCCUGCCCAUACCGUCCUUCCCCCACCCCCACCAUCAGGCCCAGGCCCAGCCCAAACAGCCAUCGGAGGUCCUGUGCGCCAGACAGAGUGAGCAGGACGCAUCCGAGCAGAGUGACAGAAAUAGCAACACUCCGAAGGACAGUGUGGGGGAUAGUGAGCGGUGCUCCAGCACUCAGUCCACCCGGAAUGAGGAUGACAAGUCCGGGGAUGAGGCGAGGUCAAUGGACGGUAAAAUGCCCGUUCUACCCCGGAAGAUUAGCUAUGUCUCCGCAUUCAGACCCGUCCUCAAAGACACGGAGAGUAUAGCCAAACUAUACGGUAACCGGGGGAAGUACAACGGGGCUCGAGCUGGGUAUCUGUCACCUGAUUUCCUAAGCGAGAGCUCGAGCUACAGGUCCUUAUCGCCAGGCAGCGUGGAGAGCGUUGGCGAGACAGAUGUGGACGUGGAGACCAAUAAGUCACAGGAGGAUGAGGAGUCACUUCCGCACUCAAUUGAGGACUGCAGGAGCCCCCCUGUCCCUGUUCUAAGCCUUUCGCGCGGUGCAGGUUCACCAAACGGCCUUGAAUCCAUACCUGAGUCAGAGCAGGCCGCUGUGGUCGAUUCACAGAGAAUGAACCUACCUAUACAGGUGGUGCUGUCUUCAAAUAGAGAUAGACAUGGCAAACAGCUGCCGGUCUGCAAUAAGACCACGUCUUUUGAUGAAGUGUAUUCACCGGACAGGAACAGUCCAUAUGAGUUUGGUUCAGCAACGAAUUACCAGACAGACAAUGUGAAAUCGAAAGAUGACUGUGCCAGUAGAGAGGAGCCAUCUUCGACAGUGAAGGAGGUUGAAACGAAGUCGUAUAAGGGCCAAAGCCGGGAGGAGGGCCCGAGAGAAGCACUGAACGAGGACGAAUUGCAGAAACAACUCAUGGAGCAAGUGGAGCUAAGGAAGAAAUUGGAACGAGAAUUCCAACAUUUAAAAGAUAAUUUCAAUCAUCAGAUGAAAAGGGAGCUGUCCUACAGGGAGGAGAUGGUCCAGCAGCUUCAUAUUGUGAGAGACACAUUAUGCAGUGAGCUGGAGCGAGAGAAAAAGGCUCGCUAUGCUAUUCAACACAAGUUGAAAGAAGCUCACGACGCGCUACACCAAUUCUCCUGUAAGAUGCUGACUCCUCGUCACUGCACUGGAACCUGCUCCUUCAAACCUCCUCUUCUACCACCCUAGUCCCUUCCCACAGUCCGCCGUGGAGCCCCAUCCGAUUUGGAAAGCAAGACUACUACCACCCUAGCCCCUUCCCACAGUCCGCCAUGGAGCCCCAUCCGUUUGGAAAGCAAAACUACUACCACCCUAGCCCCUUCCCACAGUCCGCCAUGGAGCCCCAUCCGUUUGGAAAGCAAGACUUCUACCACCCUAGCCCCUUCCCACAGUCCGCUGUGGAGCCCCAUCCGUUUGGAAAGCAAGACUUCUACCACCCUAGCCCCUUCCCACAGUCCGCUGUGGAGCCCCAUCCGUUUGGAAAGCAAGACUACUACCACCCUGAAGACUAGGCGUACAGUAUCCAAAAUUCUAGGCAGGGUCUGAGUUAGGAUAGACAAUUUAACACGAGAGACAGGGUCUGAGUUAGGGUAGACAAUUUAACACGAGAGACGGGGUCUGAGUUAGGGUAGACAAUUUAACACGAGAGAGACUGGGUCUGAGUUAGGAUAGACAAUUUAACACGAGAGACAGGGUCUGAGUUAGGGUAGACAAUUUAACACGAGAGACGGGGUCUGAGUUAGGGUAGACAAUUUAACACGAGAGAGAGGGUCUGAGUUAGGGUAGACAAUUUAACACGAGAGACAGGGUCUGAGUUAGGGUAGACAAUUUAACACGAGAGACAGGGCCUGAGUUAGGGUAGACAAUUCCCAGUAACUUUACAAAAGUUUUUCCAGAAGUCCUGGUUGGAAGAUUCCUAGAAUCAGAAAGGAAUAAGCAGGAAACCCAGGAUUUCUGGGAAAGCUGGACAUUUUGGGAAAGCUACCGGAAUUUUGCAAACCUUGUCUGAGAAAUGAUGUGAUCAGCAUUUGAGAUCAUAAUACAUUAUAUUAUAUGGACAUGGAGGACCUGAUCCUAGGUCAGCACUGUUUUACUCUGAGAGGCUUUAUGAAUCCGGCACCUGGCCUCUAUCAAAUGAACACAUCAUUGUACCAGAGCAAUGCCUUGGCGUGAAGGAAACCUAGAGCCGUCAUUAGCCACUGCAUAAAAAAACCUAGAGCUGUCAUUAGCCACUGCAUUUAAUGAUAUUAAUUGUAACAUAUGAGAGAGUGUGUCUUCAGACUGUGUAUAAUUUAUAUAAAGUUAUAAAGUACAACAUGAAAAAUAUUAUAUGUUUAAAUGAAAAUAUGACCAUAACUUUUAUAAAUC